AUGUGGCGGCUGGCGAGGGCGCUGACGGCGACAGCUGUGGUGCUGGAGACGACAGGUGUGGCGCUGAAGGCGACAGGUGUGGCGCUGGAGGCGACAGGUGUGGCGCUGAAAACGACAGGUGUGGCGCUGGAGGCGACAGGUGUGGCGCUGAAGACGACAGGUGUGGUUGCUGACACCUGUCGCUGUGUCAUCAACCAGCAGCCAAGUCAGUCCCCCUGCACUGGACCACUUCAGAAGAGACUAACAGCAAGUUAUUCUUGGAUUCAAGAAGAAGAACCCAAGAAGCCUGCUCCCAAGAGCUCUCAGCCUGCUCACAAGAGCUCUCAGCCUGCUCCCAAGAGCUCUCUGCCUGCUCACAAGAGCUCUCAGCCUGCUCACAAGAGCUCUCAGCCUGCUCACAAGAGCUCUCAGCCUGCUCACAAGAGCUCUCAGCCUGCUCACAAGAGCUCUAAGCCUGCUCACAAGAGCUCUCAGCCUGCUCACAAGAGCUCUCAGCCUGCUCACAAGAGCUCUCAGCCUGCUCACAAGAGCUCUCAGCCUGCUCACAAGAGCUCUAAGCCUGCUCACAAGAGCUCUAAGCCUGCUCACAAGAGCUCUCAGCCUGCUCACAAGAGCUCUCAGCCUGCUCACAAGAGCUCUCAGCCUGCUCACAAGAGCUCUCAGCCUGCUCCCAAGAGUCACCAGUCUUCUACUCCUCUAUCCACCUGUGUAUCAAAUACUUAA